CCAUGAAACUGCCUUCCUGAAUGACACCGAUUAUAUAGUAUCAUGCUUUCGGAAGAUGAUUCCCCUUCUUAAUAUUCCUUUGGCGUUAACUUCCGUCACGUUUUUGUUAUCGUCUUUUCAACCGGCUAACGCUCGUGUUUUAGAUGUAUCAAAGACGAACUUUUCUGAACAAAUCAAUGUUUAUGAUGGAACUUUUAGUGAUGGUGGAGUAUAUCGUUUGAUCUAUACAAGGUCCCCAGGGACAACCGAUAUUCAUUAUGGUGAUGCGUUUAUAACAUCUGUAAAGGUCCGAGGGUCAAUGAACACUGAUAUAUAUGUAGAAGUAUUCAAACGCCGCGGCACCACACUGAUAUCCAUAACCACAGCUAGUGAUUCAUCAUGCUUCGUUGACAAUAGAGAAAACUGGGAAGUAUCCAGCUCAGGAAUAACCUCUAGAUCACGUCUUGAAAAACAGCAAUUCAUCAGUGGCCCGGUGAUGAUAGAAUUAAACAGAAAUGUAGCCAAUAGACACCCGGUGAUUGAAACCCAGAAUCUGAUGGUGGAGGGUAAUGAGGAAGUGUGGUUUUACCUAGGUAACAGACGGCGCCAUGACAGUGCAGCGAUGAGGAGCAACAUAUGGCUUCACGAAACAAACUUCAUUAUAUCUCGUGUGACUAACAUCGAUGCUUAUACUCAACUUGUGGGAGGUCCAAAGUCGGCCCUAAUAGCCAACGCCAUAGCAUUUAAACAGACGAAUGAUGAAUCGAUGAUAACGAUUAGGGUUCCCAGAACGCGUGGAAAGCAAUUUGUUCUACAUGUACCACCAACAUUGGACGGUUAUUUUAAACCCGAACAUAUAAUAUGGGAUAAACCAAAAGUCAGGGAACGGAGCCCUGCACCACUCCAUGAAAGAAUAUUUGACAUUGUGAUUGAUGUGUCAAAUAAAUUGACCCCUACAUAUGAUAUGGUAAUAUUGACCGACUUUGUUAGAGGUCCAUGGAACUAUAGUCAGCAUACAUUUUUACCAAUACGUUUUAUGGACGAUAUGAACGUCAAAGUAAGGAAUGUAGAAAGAAACAUAACAAUUUUUGAAAUUCGACCAAGAGAUUUCAUAACUUAUGUCGAAGUUUUUCAUAAUCGUGAAACCGCAGAGGAGUAUGUCCUUAUCCAUACUAGGUCACUCUUCAUGCCGGAAGGACCUGACAAGAUUCAUUGCUAUAUAUACGUGAAAGAGGAUAGUUACAAACAUGGCAAGUAUAUAUUAAUGGAUCUCAUGGAAGACUUUGAGAAAAUAAAUAUGUUCAAAAGAAUUCCGACUGCUACACCAUAUGACUUCCCUUGGGAUUAUUAGUAUUAUAGACAAUAUUUUCUUGUACAUUUACUCCAUAUAA